AUGCGAAAAAUCUCAAGCAAAUUUGAAACUGUAUUCAAAUUGCGUACUCCAACAAAGAAUACCAAGUUAAUUAAUGUAAAUAAUGGUCAGCAUUUUUAUAAAGAAUCAAGCGAAUGUCCAGGCAAUCUUAAAUGGAGUAGAACAGCAACAACAAUUAUUGGUAAUGGUUAUGGAUCAGGCUUUAAUCAAUUAAGUUUACCUACAGGUUUAUUUCUUGAGCCUAAAACACAAAUUUUAUAUAUUUCUGAUAAUUCUAAUAAUCGAAUUCAAAAACGUUAUCCAAAUGGUGAAAUUAAAACAGCUGCUGGACAAGCCAAUGGUACAGGCGGAACAACAGCAGAUACGUUAUGGAAUCCAGUAGAUGUUUUUGCAGAUGAAAAUGAAAAUGUCUUUGUUGCUGAUUCGAGUAAUCAAAGAAUUCAACUUUGGAAAAAAAAUGCCAAAAGUGGUAGAACCGUAGCUGGAAAUGGUACUCGUGGUUCAGCAUUAAAUGAAUUUGGUUAUCCAAGUAGAGUUUUGCUUGAUUCAAAGAAAAAUAUAAUCGUUGCUGAUACACAAAAUGAACGUAUAACAAGAUGGCCAUCUACAUUUGAUCCAAGAACAUCUGUUGGCACAAUUAUGGCUGGUGGUAAUGGUGCAGGUCUUAAUCCGGAUCAAUUAAAUAAUCCAUUCGGUUUAUAUUAUGAUGAACCAAAUCAGAUCUUUUAUAUAUCGAAUCACGACUCUCAUUCCAUUACACAAUGGUUUAUUGGUGAUUAUGAACCUCAUAAUAUUUAUGCUGGUAUACCUGGAAGAUUUGGAAAUAGUUCAGCUCAACUAUUUUAUCCAGAAGGUAUAACUCUUGAUUCUUAUGGUAAUUUAUAUGUUGCUGAUUGUCAAAAUAAUCGAAUACAAAUGUUUUGCCCAAAUUCUGUAUUUGGUAUAACAAUUGCAGGUAACGGUCAAUCGGGCAAUAGCAGUUAUGAAUUAAGUUUUCCGGGUGAUGUUGCAUUUGAUUCAGAACUUAAUUUAUAUGUUUCAGAUACAUUUAAUAGUCGCAUACAGAAAUUUCAAAGAAUACAAUAA